UUGCAUAAAAGAUAUCAAUAGAGUGCACUAUAUUUUUUAUAGAAGUAUAUAAAAUUAAAUUAAAUUAUAAUUUUGAAUUUAAUAAAUUAAUCUCACUUUAGACAUUACAGUUAAUGAGUGUUCUAGUUUUGGCUACUAAAUGGAUGGAACUUUCUGAUUAACCUAAUGCUAUAUUACGUUUCUCUUUUUGGUUGAUUUAAUUAGUAAUAAAUAGACUUUGGAUGUUUAUGCACAUAAAAUAUGCUAAAGACAUAUGCAAAUAUACAACUUAUAUAUGAAAAUACAGGGAAAUAGAUAUAAAAGAAAUAUAUAACAUAUGUGCAUAUACCUUUUAACUAAAAUUUAUGAAUCACAUAUAAUAUGGAAAACAAUAUACAUUUGCAUAAACAUCUGGAGUCUAGUAAUAAAUAAAUUCAUAAAAUAAAUUCGUACAUCAAAUGAGACAUUUCAUGUACAAAAUGUCCAAUGUGUGUACCAGGGAAAAUAUGUAAGUUGAUCAUACACUUACUGACGAAAGUUGUGUGUGUUAAAGCCUUUUUCACUUCGCAUCAAAUUUAUUUCUUUUCUCUCAACCACAGUUGUCCUUACGGGAUUCGUGGAUGACAUGUAUCUUGCAGAGCUGCUCCGCAUUUUGAUUCAAGUAAAAUUUAUCUGUUUAAUUUACUUGUAAUAUAAAUUUACUUAUAAUACAAAUAUCUGACAAGCGAACAUUACGGACUUGUUGAAUUUUUGAAUUUUAAACAUGGAAUCUGUGUUGUCAAAUUGGCGCCGGAAAUUUGGCGGUAUUUGUUACGCAUGUGCAGUCGAACAGCCGAGGACAACACGUGCGCAAUGAAAUAUUAUAGGCAGGGCCGGCACGACCUUUUGUGGGGCCAAUGUCCAAUCAAGCAACACUUAAGAGAACAAUUAUGCCGGGUUCUUACACUUAAAUUUUUCAACGAGGAAUUAUUUAUUUACGAAUGCUACACAUUAUAUAUUGUUUAUAAGAUGAAUAUUGAAUAAUAUUACUUUGAUGAUUUUUGUCACUCCUUUAAACUGAAUCAUUCCGUAAAAAGUUAAUCAAAAUUUUCGUAGAUCGGGGGGCCUCUCAAAACGCGGGGGCGGGUUCCGGCGAACGCGCUGAACCAGCCUCGCCAGACUGAUUAUAGGUAUCAAAGUCUAGCGCACCCCCAAGGUUUUCGAGUAUUUUUUCUUAGUAAAAAAAUUCUAGAUAGACUUACUACAAUAUAGUUCAUAACCAAAAUAAACACAGCAUUCCUACUUUUUUUCGAAAUAAUGGCACAGAUUUAUUAUUCUGCUGUAUUCUUUCUUAUGCAUUAUUUCUGAUUUAUAUGUCAAUAUGUACACCGCUAUACACGUAAAUCUAACAAUAAGGUUUGUAGGUGUUAGGUAAUGAUAAUAAUGUAUGGAAAUAAUAUUUCUAAGAAUUAUAUCCAGGGCCGGCGUUAGGGAAGGGGCAACCGCCCGGGGCACCAGAUUUUUGAGGACGCCGCUGUCCGGUGUCCCUAGUAUACGAAUAUACCGAUAUACAUAUACAGGGUGUCCCAAAAAUGUUGUAAAACCUUGAAAGGGGUGGUUCGGGAGGUGAUUUGAAACAACUUUUUCCUUAGCAAAAAUGUUGUCCGAGGUUUCGUUAAGGAGAUAUUAAUAGAAAAGCUCGACCAAUCAGAGCGCGCGGAUACUGUUGGAGCGCUCGAGAUAGCGUAGGCUACGAGCUAGACGGCCACGCUCCCCGACUAAUUAGAGCGCGAGUAUGCCAAUAGAGGGCCCGCUGAUUGGUCAGUAUUUUCUUUUAAUAUCUCCUUAACGAAGACUCGAACAACAUUUUCGCUAAGGAAAAAGUUGUUUCAAAUCACCUCCUGAAGCACCCCUUUCAAGGUGUUACAACAUUUUUGGGACACCCUGUAUAUACCCCUGAAGGGGCGCCGCGAUAAUCUUGCCCAGGGCGCCAAUAUUGCUAAAACCGGCCCUGAUUAUACCUUUGAAACUAAGAACCAGCGACAAUAUUUUUUAUUAAGACAAAAUAUCCAAUAAAAGUUACAUAAAACUGGCAUUCUGUUUUAAUAGCUAUUUCGAUAUCUUUCUCUCUUUUAUUUCAUUUAUUUAUCCCCCAAUAAUGUUUAAAUAAUUUUCUAACUUUCUAAAUAGGGGCCCAUAUAAUACCAUUUCUACUCUAUCAGGGCACAUUGCUGAUAUUAUUUUCGACAUUUCGACACGCAUGUGCGAAAAUUGCGGCAAAGUUAACAACACCGUGUUGACAUUAAUAGCGUGUGGUAAUGUGUAGUGCACUUUGACUAUGUAGUCAACAGUACUGUAAUUGUGUGGUUACAAAUGUUUACGAAUCACUGAACUUAGAGUUCACUCAUUCAGUGCAACAAAUAAUUACAAAUAAAGGUCCAAGUAAAAAAAGUUGUUAAUACCAUAGACAACAAUUUUUAUUAUACAGCAUGGUAAUUAUUGAACUGUAUAAUUACCAAUUUUAAAAUGCCCGUUUGCGCUGCUAAAGGUUGUAAGAACAGGUCGACAACUAAAAGUAUUAAUCAGUUACGACUCGAAGAAACAACGAAAAUUACUUUUCAUGCGUUCCCAGGAGAUCCAAAAAGGCGUGCAAUGUGGAUAGCUGCUAUGGAGUUAAAUGAAUCUAAAUUGCAUAAACAAGCUGUUCUAUGCUCACAGCACUUUAGAAAUAAAGACAUUGACAGAACAUCGGUGUCUUGCGUAAGGGUCAGAGCAGAUGCUGUUCCAUAUGCAAAUUUACCAUCUAAAGAUGCAAAAGACACUACAGAAGAUAAGAGGCAUUCUGAGAGUCAAGAAUCGAGAAGUCAAUUGUACACAAUAUUGACCAGUGAUAUUACAAAACAGAAUGUAAAACAUUGUUUACAAAAUGAAAAAUUAGAUGAUCAACUAAUAUCAAAAGUACAGAGAACUUUAUCUCCAGUGGAAACAGAAACAGAGACUAUAGAAACGAGUUCUACGGCAAUAUAUUCUACUUCUUUGUAUGAAAUGUUGUUAAAAAAAGAUGCAGCAGUACAAACAAGUUUAAGUAUUUUAGAAGAUAGAAUGGGAGAGGAAACCACUGAAAAAUCUAAUUCUACACCUCGUACUGAAGAAAAAUCUACAUUUAUAUCGUCACAGAAACUUUUUCAAUGUCCAAUCAAACAACACUUAAGAGAACAAUUAAAAUCUACAAAGAAAAAAUAUGAAUACGAGAUAAGAAAACUAAAACAACAAAAUAGAAGAUACAGUCAGAAAAUUGCUACUUUGAAGAACACACUAGAGAUAUUGAAACAGAAGAAUCUGAUGGAAAUUGAAGAAAUAGAUGAUUGAUGUGAUAGUGCUAUUUCAAAUAUUUCUAUUUUAAUUUGUAUAGUGAAGAAGGAAUUUGUGCAAAUUAUUAAGCAUAUGUAUACACCUAAAGUAUAAAGCUUUUACUCUGUA